AUGUCAAACUUGAGGAGGGUGUUGGAGAGGCAACAGAAACAAAGGGAAGAAAUCCGGCGUAGACGUGCUGAAGAAGAUCGGGACGUGGAUGAAGAAGAGGAACAAAUGCUUGCAGCAGCGCAUGAUGCUGUUGGAGUUUUGGGUCUUAUCCCGAAGCAAAAACUUACAGCUGCUUUGCGGAUGUUUGCUUAUGGGGCAUCUGCAGAGCAGGUGGAUGAGAUUGCAAGGAUGGGAAAAUCUACUAUCCUAGAGUACUUGGUGAGAUUCUAUGAUGCAGUGGAAAAUUUGUACACUAGGGAGUACCUUCGCAAACCCACACCGAGGGACCUACAAAGGCUUCUACAAAAAGGCGAGGAUCGAGGUUUCCCAGGAAUGAUUGGAAGCAUCGAUUGCAUGUACUGA